AUGGCGGGAUACGCAGAACCAGCGAAGAGGCAAGGAGGGAGACCGUUGCCGCCUCCUGGCAAUAGAGGUCCGCCUCUUUCUAAAGGCCCGCUUCCCCCUGUCGAUAGGGAGAAGACUUGUCCUCUGUUGCUUCGGGUUUUCACCAAGAUUGGAGGUCAUCACUCUAAGGAAGAAUUUCAAAUUAGAGGCAAGGAGCCCAAGGACGAGGUUCAAAUCUACACAUGGAUGGAUGCUACUCUUCGUGAAUUGACGGAUUUGGUCAAAGAAGUGGCUCCAGCGGCAAGGAGAAGAGAUGCGUUACUUUCUUUUGCUUUUGCCUAUCCAGAUAGGAAUGGCCGUUUUGUGGUGCGGGAGGUUGGGAAGACUUACUCUAAUAGGGUUGGGAAAUUAGACGACAACAAGGCAUUGGGCGAGAUUGGAUUCGCGAUUGGUGAUUACCUGGAUGUGGCAAUUCAGUAA